AUGUCUUGUCCGUUCAGACGUACCUCCAACACCAUCCAAAAUGGUGCUACGGCGGCGUUGAAGCGAAGCAUGACUCAGAAACAGAGUUCGAUACAGAUCCCGGACGAGCAGGACGAGGAGAACAGAAACACACUCAAUUUGAAGCACUUGAGCGAAGCAAUACUAAUUUUAACAUCACCAACGAACGAAGCUGUACAACAAGCACUGGCAUCCUUAGUGUUAAAGGAGUACAAUCCGUAUAAAUAUAAAUGCUUAGAUAAACUACCGCAAAAUGUCACAAAUUGUCCAAACUAUGCUUAUUUAGAAGAUCUCUACGACACUAUUAAACUCGAAAAUGACAUAGACGAAACGCAAUUCUUCGACCUUUUAGGUCAAGAAUUGAUCAGCCUGUCGUGCACGGAGCGAACGGAGCGCGCCUUCACGUGCUUGGGCGGCAAUCUUAGGGAAUUCCUGACCACGCUCGACGGCGUUUACGACGUCCUGAAGUAUCAGAACAACGGGCGCGAGCACGAGCACGACGCCGACGCCUUCAUGUGCACGGCCUCCGAGGAGGAAAACAUCCAGCUGGAUUUUACGACGGAGAGGCCGGCUGUCGCCUAUCUGCUGGUCGGGUGCCUGAAGGCCAUCGCGAAGAUUUUGUAUGAAACGCAGGUGGAGGUGGCGCUAGUGCAGGACGACGUGGACAAAAGGCAUUUUAGAUAUCACAUGAAGUUAAAUUCGUCGGCAACGAAGCAGCUGUUUUUAUGCAAAAAGCUCAUGCCUGAGUUCGCCAGUCACAAGCUCCAGAUGGGCGUUAAUACGUUCUGUAAAGCUUUUCCUUGGCAUUUUGUCUUAGAUCGUCGUUUGGAAUUGGUGCAGCUGGGCAGCGGUUUCAUGCGAUUGUUCGGUCGAUUUCUGACCACGCUCGGGGCAUCGGUGGCCACUUAUUUCGAAUUUCAACGACCCAGAAGCAUCACGCUAUCUUUUGACGAAAUUAUCAAGAGAGCAAAUACUCCGUUCCUGUUGAGCAUUAAGAAGUUAAACACUUCCGGCGAUUUCUCGGCCGAGGGUCUUAAGCUCAAAGGACAGAUGGUGUUCUGCUCGGAGUCGAAUUCCAUAUUGUUCAUCGGCUCGCCUUUUAUCGACGGGCUGGAGGGCCUCACCGGAAGCGGCCUCUUCAUCUCGGACAUUCCCCUGCACGACGCUACCAGGGAUGUCAUUUUAGUCGGAGAGCAAGCCAGAGCACAAGAUGGGCUGCGAAGGCGUAUGGAUAAGCUGAAGAGCUCGAUCGAAGAGGGAAACAGGGCCGUGGAUAAAGAACGCGAGAAAAACGUCAGUUUACUGCACUUAAUCUUUCCCCCGGAUAUCGCUAAAAGGUUGUGGUUGGGUGAAACCAUCGAGGCAAAGACGCACGAAGACGUCACGAUGCUCUUCAGCGACAUCGUCGGUUUCACGUCGAUUUGCUCGACGGCCACUCCUAUGAUGGUCAUUAACAUGCUUCAGAACCUCUACAACAAGUUCGAUACGUUUUGCGAACAAAUCGAUGUCUAUAAGGUGGAAACUAUCGGCGACGCGUACUGCGUUGCCGGAGGUCUUCACAAAGAAACGCACACUCACGCUCAGCAGAUCGCUUGGAUGGCGCUCAAGAUGAUCGAAGUUUGCUCAUUGCACCAAACUCACCAAGGACAGCCGAUCAAGAUGCGCAUCGGCCUCCAUACGGGGUCCGUGCUGGCCGGGGUCGUCGGAGUGAAAAUGCCGCGUUAUUGCAUGUUCGGUCACAACGUCACCAUCGCCAACAAAUUCGAAUCCGGCAGCGAGCCCCUGAGGAUAAACAUCAGUCCCACGACGUUCGUGCGUCUGACGAGAGCGGGCGGCUUCGUGACGGAAGAGCGGGAUCCGAGCUGCCUGCCCAAGGACUUCCCCGCCCACGUGCCGGGAACGUGCCACUUUCUGGUGGACUACAAGCACUCGAAGUUGGCCGAGGAGGCGCCGAUCGCGAGGCACAUCGAAGCCGGUCUGCUGGACAUCGGGCUCAAGUGGAACGACGCCGAGGCUUCUUAA